AUGUCUACCUCGACAGAACUGUAUUUGCCUCCCGAGCUACCAUAUCCCAUCAAGAUUGCUGCUCAUGCCGUCCGCAUUUCCGACAACGUGGAUCGCGGCACACGCCUCCUCAGCUAUUCGUACGUCCAUACUAGUCCUGCCGAGUCGGAACCCGAAACCCGGUUCGGAACGUGGGACUCGACCAUCGAGGGGACCGUCGACAGGUGGGGCUUCAGGCAAGGCGAGACCGUGUCCGCUCGUAAGGCGAGGGACGCCGCCGCCAUCUACAUCAUCGAGCCCUGCAAGCAUGGCGUUCAGCUCGGCGGGCUGUGCUGCUUGUGCGGCAAGGACAUGACAGAUUCUGACUACACGGGGUUCUCGAAUACAUCCCGUGCGUCGAUACAGAUGACCCACCUGGCCAACGGCCCACUGGUUUCCUUAGAAGAGGCGCAGCGCAUUGAACGCGAGACAGCUCAGCAUCUAGUCUCACAGCGUAAACUGUCCUUGAUUGUCGACCUUGAUCAGACCAUCGUCCACGCCACAGUCGACCCUACGGUCGAGGAGUGGAUAACAGAGGGAGAAGCCUGGGAGGAGCGGCAGGCAAAGAAAUCUGAGUCAGCACAGAACAAGGAAGACUCGGAUGGCACGGUCUCUGAUGCAGACGACGAAGUGAAUCCCAAUUGGGAAGCCCUCAAGGACGUCAAGAAGUUCCGGCUUGGUCCUGAGGCUCUAGGUCAACCUAGCUUUCGCGGCCCAAGGAGCAAGGGAAAGGAGAAGGCAAUUGAUAAUGAGGGGUGCAUGUACUACAUCAAGCCUCGACCCGGCUGGAAAGAAUUCCUGGAGGCUAUGUCUGCCAAGUACGAGAUGCAUGUAUAUACGAUGGGUACACGCGCAUAUGCAGAGGAAGUGUGCGCCGCCAUCGACCCCGAGGGCAAAUACUUUGGGGGACGGUUGCUCAGUCGCGACGAGAGCGGCAGUCUCACGCAGAAGAGCCUGCAGCGGUUAUUUCCCACCGAUCAGUCGAUGGUUGUCAUAAUCGAUGAUCGUGCUGAUGUCUGGGAAUGGAGCCCGAAUCUCGUCAAGGUCAUCCCAUACGAUUUCUUCGUCGGAAUUGGUGACAUCAACUCGGCGUUCCUGCCCAAGCUGAACCCAAUGGCACCCGCUGUUCCUCCAACACCUCCGCCGACGAGUCCAGACGCCGCAAGCGGCAGCUCACCAUCAAGUGAAGCCGCGAAAGACUCGACACCUACCUCACCUCCCACAACCCCGUCGUCUCCUUCGUCCACAACUACUGCCCCCGCCGAGUCAUCCUCAGCUGAGGAACUCUCAAAAAGCGAGAUCCUCAAGCAGAACACGAUGGCCCUGGAGGCUCAGGUCGAGGAACGUCCACUCGCCAAGAAGCAAGAGGCACUGCGGGAGGCGUCCACUGAAGGUCAGGCGAACGGUCAAAUAACCCUGGCACCUGCGAACGGAUCGACUCCCGCGAGCAGUGACGAUAAAACCGUGCGGAAAGCUUUGCUAAAAAACGACGACGCAGAACUGCAGCGGGUGCAGAAGAUCCUAGAGGAGAUUCAUUUACGCUUCUAUGAUGAAUACGACGCUCGCACGCCAGAUGGAGAGCAAGGGAGCAAGAAGGGCAAGAGGCGAACACACCUUGUUUCUUAUGACGUCAGAUCGAUUAUCCCACGAAUACGCAUGGAUACCUUGGAGGGUGUCCAUAUUUUAUUCUCUAGUGUAAUACCCCUCGAUACCCGACCUGAGGCUACUGAGAUUUGGAGGACAGCGCAUCAUUUCGGCGCCAAGUGCUACAUGGAGCUGUCGAGGCGAAUAACGCACGUCGUCGCUGCCAAGCGUGGCACACAGAAAGUUGACGCUGCGAGACGCAUGGGCGGCAUUAAGGUCGUCUGGGUCUCGUGGUUCACCGAUUCGAUAGCAUUAUGGCAGCGGCAGAACGAGACGCCAUACCUGAUGGACCCGGACCCCCCGCCCCAAGCGAGCGCUGCGAGUCCCCCUUCGGAUUCUCAUCAGAUUUCUUCUGAUCCCGAGCCAGACGCAGAUGACUGGGACGUGGAGCGGGCUGCCCCAGGCAAGGAGGGCCUUGAACUCGACGAGGUGGACUGGGACGAGAUCAAUGACGAGGUCGAAGCGGCUAUGAAUGAGAGCGAUGACGAUGGAGCGAGUGAGAGGAGUGGUAUGCGGAGUGAGAACGUGUCCGACGAUGAAAACGAAUGGACGGACGAGUCGAACAGCAUCAUCAGCACAACCUCGUCUCCAAGAUUGAAGCGGAAACGGUUACGAAGCAUCACACCUUCAGAUAUUGGGUUGAACGGGGAGGUCGAUCCUGAUAUUCUUCGUUCUCGCCUCGCGAAGCGUAAGAAGAUCGCCGCUGAUCGUUCAGGGACCUCCAAGUUGAAGGAGGCUAUCACCGCCGCCGACCUGGUCAGCCGUGAGCCGACAGACGACGAAGGUGCUCCUAGCAAAGUAUCAACGCCGGCUAGAUUAGAGGAAGACGAUGAGAUUACUUCUGAUGAGUCCGACGACGGGGACGAUGCUGGUAUGGAGGAUGACGACGACUUCCUUACGCGCGAGCUAGGGGAAGAUUGGGGAUAACAAUCUGCUUUCUGCUUUUAUUGCCACGAACAGUAACUUUCAUCGCUGCGUCUUUCGAUCUUCACUGCGCAUCUGCAUAUCUGCCUGUUCUGUGUGUAGCUGAUUGUUACCCUAGCUCUCGACUAAACAAACCUUCAGCAUGUAGCGAUUUAGUGUAUAUUAUGUAUAUCUGCAACAUAGAACAUCCUCCUCGUCUC